GAGCAUACGAAAUUGAUGAUGUCUUCUACCAAGAUGAUCAUAUUGAGGAGUUCAGAUGGAGACAUAUUCGAGGUGGAAGAGACGGUGGCUAUUGAGAUGCAAAUGAUCAAGUACAUGAUUGACGAUGAAUGCGUUGACACUACCAUUCCCAUCGCCAACGUGACUGGCAAGAUCUUGACUAAGGUUAUAGAGUAUUGCAAAUCGCAUGCUGAAGCCACAAAUACUAGCCAGGACGAUCUUAAGGACUUCGAUGCUAAUUUCGUCAAAGUUGACCAUGAAACACUAUUGGAUCUCAUAAUAGCCGCUAAUUUCCUUAACAUUAAGAGCUUGCUUGAUCUUACAUGCCAAACUGCUGCAAAUCUAAUCGAGAAGAUGACAGUGGAGGAGGUCCGCAAAUUUUUCAACAUUCAAAGUGACUUUACACCUGAGGAAGAAGAAGAAAUCCGUAAGGAGAGUCCUUGGGCUUUUGAAUAA